GCGAAUGGCGAUGAAUCGCAUAGCUUCCGACGGCUGGAAUAAGAGAAGCACAGCUGAAAUUCUCAUCGCUUAAUUCAUGGGGAGAUAAAUACCAUACAGUCUACCGAUCCAUACUUUUCAGUACAGGAUCUGGGACUCUUGAAGUGUGGUAUUAAACUCUGUCAAUCUGCAAGCAGUUAUCUUGCAUAAAAGUGACCUAUGAAGUCCUGGAGACCACAUGCUGAGCUGCUUUCUGAAGAUGACAAAACAUUUCCACAACUCACCAGAAUUCAUGUGGCCUCUUCUGUAGGAAUGGAAAUGACAGUAAAUGAUGGUGGAUUUCUCAAUGCCGUCAGGGAUGGAAGCUGUACUCAUGUGCUGAAUCUGUUGCAUGGAGGAGGGGUGGAUUUGGAGCAGAGAGAUGAGAAUGGCCAAACUGCAUUGAUUAUUGCUGCUGAAAAAGGGAACGUUGAAAUUGUUCACGAAUUGUUAAAGAGGAAUGUUCAACUCAAUAUACAAGAUGAGGAUGGCUGGACAGCCCUUAUUGCAGCUUGCAAAGAGGGGCAUUACGAGGUUGUUAAAGAGCUCAUGGAGAAUGGAGCCAAAGUUCAGUUACCAGACUUAGGAGGUUGGUCUCCUUUGGUAUGGGCUUCAUACAAGGGACAUGCAGACAUUGUAAGGGAGCUGUUGGACUACGGUGCAGAUCCUAACGAAAGAGGACAACAUGGUAUGACAGCCCUUAUAUGGGCAUCAGGACGGGGACACACUGAGGUUGUUGAUCAUUUACUGGAAGCUGGAGCCAAUCCUGACGCUGCUGACAAGUAUGGGACCACCGCUCUUGUUUGGAGCUGCAGAAAAGGACACUUAGGAACUUGUCGAAGUCUUGUAGCAAAAAACGCUAACGUCGAUACCGCCAGUAGUAGAGGUUGGACCCCGUUAAUAAUGGCAGCAAAAGGUGGUUACACAGAGGUAGUGGAUUGUCUCCUGGAAAAGGAACCACACAUAAACGCUACAGAUCAGGAAGGGAAUUCCGCGUUGAGUUGGUCAGCCAAGCAUGGGCAUGAAGAGAUCGUCCAACGACUUUUGGCAAGAGGGGCGUACUUUAAUUUACCAGAUAAAGAAGGCGAAACUGUUUUAAUCUCUGCUGCAAGAGACGGCCAUUUAGAGGUUGUGCGGACAUUGUUAAGCAAAUAUGCAGAUGUGGAGGCUGCAGACACCGAGAGCAAGACAGCUUUGUUUCAUGCAGUUGAGAAAGGCCACGUCUUAAUUGUGAAGGAGCUUCUAGAUGCAGGAGCGAACACAGAAACUCAGAACAAGGACGGUGAAACGCCACUUAUCAGAGCCACACAAAAGAAGCACACUGCAAUCGUAUCUCUUUUGCUUGAAAAAGGAGCCAGUGUCUCCGUAGCAGAUAAGCGAGGAGAUACCCCAGUUCAUAUUGCCGUCAGAGGAAGAUACCGACGCAUUUGCGAACUCCUGUUAAGGAACCCAAAGGACGCUCGGCUUUUAUAUCGUCCCAAUAAAUCCGGAGAAACACCGUAUAAUAUCGACAGACAGCACAAACAUAGUCUGCUGACGCAAAUCUUUGGCACUGGUCUUUUUACUCCGGGUAAGAAAUACAGUGAGGAAGUGAUGGGUUAUGAGGUCUACACCAGUGCCUUAGCGGACGUAUUGUGCGAGCCUUCGCUCACCAUGCCGCUGACUGUUGGAAUGUAUGCGCGGUGGGGGAGCGGCAAAUCUUUUGUUUUACGGAGGUUGCAAGAUGAGAUGCGUGAGUUUGCUCAUCAAGAUCUUCGUCCAAUGUUUCACUUUUCUCGCUUCAUAUUUGUAAUUCUUCUGGUGUUCUGCGUAGUGAUUGGUGUUCUACUCGCGGCAACUACGAGUCUUGCCGCUGGCGUCGUCGUAGGAGUCGGUAUUUUCGUGACAUGUUAUCUGCUGUUUUUGUGCGCGUAUGUGGCAGAUAGACGCUACAACCGCGGAGAACCGUCUUGCGGCAUAGGCGGUUACGUAACCAAGGCGGUGGGUACCGUAAAAUUGUUGAGCCAACUGGUAUUUUGUAUUCCUCCGUGUCCGAGUGCCACGAAACCGAACAUGCCAGUUCGCUUCCUCUUCACAGACUUUAGUAAAUUGACUUGCAGUGGAAGCGAAGCGGCUUCAUUGGUCGGAAUGAUUGAAACGUUAUGUGACGUUGUCGAGAAAGAGUUCGGAUUUUUCGUGACGAGGUUAUAUAGAGUGUUUCGGUCCCAACCUUCCGAUUAUGAUGAAUCGACGUUGACAGAGGCGCGCUGGAAACGCUGCUGUUGUUGUAUACCAACGUUCACGAUAUUUCUUGCGAUUCUAGCGCUUGGUAUGAUCGGCCUUGUGUUUUUCAGAGUGUACGGGACGAAGGGCAGUUCUGUUAUAACAGGCAUAGAAAUCGCAUCUGCUUCGAUUGUGGGCGUGGCGGUUUUGAUUCACCUGCCCACCCUGUGCUCAAUCUUAUACUCCUUGGUUUUCUCGCAGAAGAAGCGAAUUUCUGUGGUAGCCACACAGCUGGGUUUGAAAGAGGAGGGAUUCAUCCACGCGCUGAAACAAGAGGUAGAGCUCUUAACAGAUUUGGUAAAUUGCGUAGAUGGAUUCACCAGGCAUCAGACAAGAGUUGUGAUAGUAAUUGACGGACUUGACAACUCGGAGCAGUCGAAAGUGUUACAACUUCUGGACUCUGUAAACCUACUUUUCACUGAUCCUGAAGCGCCUUUCAUUAUAUUAAUGGCUUUGGAUCCUCGAGUUAUCAUCCGGGCAAUCGAUCAAAGCUUUAGCAGUAUUCUGCGAGAGUCUCAUAUCAGCGCGUGUGAUUAUUUAAAAAGCAUAGUACAGCUUCCAUUUUACCUUCCUGAACCCAAGUCUAAUUACACCGGAGUGUUGUCGACAGGGGUUGUCACCCUACUAGAUGAAUUGAGAGGUGAGCUUCAGACUGAUAAUCCAGGUGCAGCGGAGCGCUCCAGCAUGGCACGUUCCAGUGUGGCCGUGGACGAUCUAGAGUGGGACGGAGAGAUGUUGGAAUUCAACGAGGGUGACAACUGUCUCCCUCAGGGGCAUAGAGUAUCACGGGAUUUGCAUAACUGUAACGGAGGGGUGCCGAGUCGGAUCCAUCCCGAACUAGAGCUGCAUCACUCCAUGCUCUAUGAGCCAGAGUCUCAUGAGGAAGAGCGCUGUUUGGAUCAUCAGAAGCUUUUGGACCACGAGUUGGAGCUCGAGGAGCGUCGCCGUAUCUCAACUGACCUUGCGCAAGUGCUUGCUGACAACGAGACUGUAAAUCCUCUCGGCGUGAAACGCCUCAUGAAUAUCGUCUCUUUAACGUGUCGUCUGCUUCGUGCGCGCGGUAUUGAUUACUCAUGGAAGCGUCUUGCAGCCUGGGUCAGUGUAGUUGAUGGAUGGCCGUAUCGGACAUCCUGGCUUGUUCUUCUAAUCGAGGACAGCAACACCCGUUUGCAGGAUAAUGUACCGUUGAAGGAUCUUUACGAGGCGACAUUGUCCGCCAUGCCAGUAAUCAAUGAAGUGGAUUGCGCAGUGGACGGAGACCCUGUGUAUUUUGAGACUUUCCUCGCCAGUCAUCAUCCGCUUCUGAGCACGUCUGAUGUGAGGCGUUUCCUGCCGUGCACUGUGCAUUUGGAUCCGUCGUUACGUAGGCAGAUGGUAGAGUGUUUGCAUUCAGGAACCAGCGUAGCGGGCAACAAAUCUGAUACUGGUAGCGUUGGCAAGGGAAAUCCACAUUUGCAGGUCGGCUCCAUAGGAAGAUCUGACAAGCAGACAAGCUUAGCUACUUUAACUAUCGAAGAUGUUUGCAAACAGCUCGCUGAAAUGGAGGGUUUGGAUCAAAAGCAGAUAUCAACUUAUCAGACCGUCGUAACAGAAAAUAACAUCAAUGGUAAAGUUCUGGCGUCGUGCGACUUAUCUGAACUUAGCCACAUCAUGGCGAUGACGUUCGGUGAUUGGCAGCUGUUCCGCGCAUGGAUUCUAACAGCUAGAAAUCCAAAUCAAGAAUGUACAACGUGUCACUUGAGUAACAGAUGCGUAAGUCCAGGAGAGAUGAAUUGCCAGCUGCUCAAGACAUCCUCCUCAGGGGCAUGGGAUCACGCCAAUCCGCUGACUGCCCCUGGGAGGAGCAGCGCAGAUUCAACGGAACAAGCUUCACUAGAGUUUCAUUCAUCGAAAGCCCCGGACAUAGUACUACAGCCUCCGUCGGCGCCGGACAGCGAGGAGGAAGACAAUAACGGGGAAACGGUUAACACGGCCGAAACAGAACUUGAAAAAGAUGAAAACGUAACGAGAAUGAAUGAGUUAUCCGAUGGCGAUGAAGAUGAAGGAGCAGGAAGCUCCAGUGCUGGCUUGAAUCAGGUCAAAAUUAAGGAAGACAGUGUUCUCAUUUCGCUAGAGGACGAUAUUAACCUCCCACCCCAGCCUCAUCUUCAAGCAGCGUUUAAGAACGAUGAUGAUAAUGACGACGAGCUCCCUGCUCCUCCCCUUAGCGGUACUGAUUUGAUUACGUUUAGUGAAUCUGAAGACCAACGCGAACGUUCAGACGUUGAGAACGAUAUUUUUGUAGUUCAGCCGGGUGCUUCGAAUGCACAAGGAAAAGCAAUUAAUACCCCACCAGUCAUGGAAUGCACGUGUGAGAAUCUAAAGCUCAUGGAGCCUGUCCAGGAGCGCAAAUCGUCCAAGAAUUCUCUGUUCUUUGACACGGAAGAUAGCGUAGAGGUUGGUCGUCCUGCACCCGUUGUUAUUACACUGAACAGAAACGGACCGGUUAAGGCUGCUGUGGCCGUCAAACGAAGCAAUAGCUCAUCAGGGAGUAGCACAGGUAGUUCCAGUUCAGGUCGAUUACCAAUUUCACAAUCAGUUUCUACUGAUGUCCACCACGAGAAAUCUGCCCCCAGUUUUUCUCCCUCAAUACGACAAAAUUCUCUCCCGGAGCCUAGUCACGUAAUACGACCCCACUCUGCCUCGGAUGUUGUCACUAUCGAACAUCGGCCCAAAUUUUUAAGAAAGAGCCCGCCGGUUGAUUCGGACAGCGAACCUGAGUCGUUCGCGCAGGCGUCGGAUCCGUUGAUUCCCGAACCAACGAAAGAAGAUAAAGACUUACAGCGCUGUAGUCGUGAUUCAAACGACUUUCCACCACCUCCACCGUCCAUCGAAGACAGCUCAAAUUUCGACCAAGGGGACUGCCCUUGGGUGCCACUUAUGAAUCGAUUUCAGGUCGAGGCUGGUGGUUCGUCUGUGUCAGAAAGCGAGCAACCGCUGUUACCGGAUCGUCGUCCCAGGCCUAAAUCGUCAACGGGUGUGAUUGAAAAUAAAGCGCCCAAAUUUCGCACGUAUACUCCGAAACCAAAACCAACUUACGUGGAGACGAAAAGUAACCAACAUCAAAACCUGAAAAGCGAGACUUGUGUGUGAUAUGUGGAGUUUUACGGAAUCUUUCGGACGACAGCUUUGAUUUGACUUAAAUUCAGGAAAUUUACAGAAGGGUGCAAAUGACAGGAGAGCAGUUUGAACAAUAUCAUGGUUGUUAUGGUUUACAGGAAGAACCGACCGUGAUCUGAAAGCGUUGUAUAUAUUCUAGCGUGUAGUGAGAUCAAGUCUAAAAUCCUGAAGCUAAAAUUCAUUUUGAAAAGAAAUUCGUUGCAUCCUUUGACGAGGUCAUUCUGUCUCUCAAUAUUGAAGGUGUGAUAGGAAUUAUUCCAUCAAAAUGAUCAGAUUUUAAGAAUCGAGUUAAUUUGACAUUUCUUUUGUUGAACAAUUUAUUUGAAAUUGAAGUGAUAAGAAGCGUGUUUGAGAUUUAAUCUUUUCAGUUUUUUAAAAAUUACGCAAACUUUGAGCUCACGAAGCACCGAAUCUUUUACAAGUAAAUGAUCAAGUUUCUAAGCAAUGCUAGGUAUCGUGGAAUUUUGUUUCCAUAGUUUCGAUACUCGUUAUUUUGAUGAAAGAGCGCUUUUCGAUUGAGUGUCGUAGAACCAAAAGCAAAGUAGUUCACAACGGCCAAUCAGAUAAAAGGAAAAAAUCAUAAAGAGCCAAUGAGAACUAACAAGUAGAAACAAGCUAACCGCCUAAAGCGCGGGAAAACGCGGGUGACCAAGUCGUGAUUGGUUUUAAUUUUGCAUCUCAUUGGUUGAGAGAGUGGCGCAAGUUUUCUGGACCAAUUACAGAGCAAAGUAAAGCAAAGACAAAGCAAACCCGGAUUUCUGUUGACUCUCAAUUGGAAAUUGCUCCAGCAAAGACAAUUCGUUCGUUAGAUUUCUGGUAUGCCGAAAGCGUAUUGUCUAGCUUAAAGUUCAAUGUUUGAACCUGAUUUUUAUGUACGUUUUUUAAUCUGUUUUACUAUUAUAUAUUUAUAUAUACCUGCAAAGGUGAAACCAAUGACGUCAGCAUAUGUAAUAUUCUUAGUGAACCAAUCAUAAAACAGAAAUAUCUUAGCCUAGAAAAACACGGGAAAAUAAUUGGCGUUAACCAAGGAAAGUGCCGUUUUUCCCCCAUCCGAUUGGCCAGGGACUCAAGUAUUAGAUCGAUUUCAAACUCAAUCAAAGUAAGAGCCUAAGCGAGUGAUUCUUUUUCGAAUUUGCUAGCUUGUUGAUAUAACCUUGAAGUGACUUCCUCAAGAAAUGAUUUCUAUGGAGUUGCACAACACUCCAUCGCAAUUGCAGUCUAUUUAUUUACAGAUAUAAGUUGUAAGUUUACAAGCUCGAGAAUGAGUUGAGAGAACGAGAAAUUAUCAAUGAAAAACGAUCAAACUGUGA